UGCACAUGCUAACAUCACAUGACAUACGGUCUCCUCCGUUUAGCAGCCCAUGUCAUCAGCAGCAACACAAAGCCACACAGCGGCGGAGAAGAACGCACGCAUCAGCGAGACUCAAUCCUGAUUAAAAAGUAGCCGGUUGUGCAAACGUAGUGAGCUCUUAUUUAUAAUUUGUACGAAAGAGACGCUUUGUUACUGUAGAUUUUUGUCAACCAUGCCAUGGAUAUUUUGUGGCAGUACCAGUUCCGGAUAAUAUUGCUAGGGGACUCGACGGUGGGCAAAUCUUCUCUGCUGAAGCGCUUUACAGACGGCGUGUACAGUGAUGUUGCUGAUCCUACUGUCGGAGUGGAUUUUUAUGCCCGGUCAUUGGAGAUCGAACCGGGGGUGAAAAUUAAGCUGCAGCUUUGGGAUACGGCUGGGCAAGAACGAUUCAGGUCCAUUACCACCUCUUAUUACCGAAACUCUGUGGGCGGGCUCCUGGUCUUUGACCUGACCAGUCGGAAAGCGUUUGAACAUGUGCGGGAGUGGCACAGGGAGGUGGCAGAGCACGUCAAGCCGCACCACAUGGUCUUCAUCCUGAUCGGGCACAAGAGCGACCUGGCCAGGGAGCGGCAGGUCCCACGGGAGGAGGCGGAGAAGCUGGCAGCCACGCUGGGGGUGCGCUACGUGGAGACGUCCGCCAAGAACAACAGCAACGUAGACCGAGCCUUUGAGAUGCUCACCCGAGACAUCUACCAGCUCAUGAAGGCCGGAGACAUCGUCACCCGUGACGGCUGGGACGGGGUCAAGAGCGGCCUCAACGCCAAAAUCCUGUACCCACCCGAGCCGGAGGCACAGGAGAGCAAGUGUCAAUGCUAACAAGCCUUAAUGUGAUUCCCCUCUCCAUAGGACCUGGGUCUCUGGGGAACCACCCUGCAUCAUCUUCACUGCUGAAGGCAAAGGCAAGCAGGUGGCGUCCCCUCUGCCUGCUUCCCAUCCUGCUGCUCAUACACCAAGCAUUCAUUGAUCUGCUCAACACCAGGGCCGAUUUCAGUUCUGAAGCACAGCGACUGGAAGCGAGGACAGGUGUGUUUGCUAAUGCCUGCUUUGCAGGAUGUUUUGUAGAGCUGUUGUUGGACAGAAACUGUGUCAACAAUGGCUGGAGAUGGAGUCUUGGCUGAACCUCAGUAUCAACAACUACUGGGCCAUUUCUACAGAGCGAAAGAGCAAAGGGUAUGAGUAUGUGUAUGGCCACCAGUUCAUUCCCUUUGUUUGACCAUCUUGAAAGGGCAACCAAUGUUAACAGGUGUUGUAGUAACAGCUCGCUCUAUACAGUAAUUUGUUAAUCAUUCACACAGACUGUAUCGUCUUGUAGAGAUACCAGCUUAACGUUUAUAUCACGUAGUGAAGUAUCACUCUAGAAAUCAUUUAACCUUCUGAUACUGGGUGUCAAGAUCGUUUGAACCCCGUGAGCGAGUUCACUGUCUGUCACAGCAGUGUCACGACUUUUAUCAUUUUUAUCUAAUUUGUUACUCAAAUUCUUAGGAGGUUUUCUGUCUCUCUAGUUUUCAACUUUAGUUGAUCCCUGCAGCCAGCAUCGCCGGCGUUGUGUGUGCUGAUGCACCAUGGAGGCUGCAAAUAAGCUGAUCCCUGGAGCCAGCAUUACAUUUCAGCCAUCAACAUUGGGGCCAAUAGGAAAUCCAUGUUACCUGGCACUUUCUUACUUCAAGGUGUGCAGAUAGUCUUGGUAGGUCCCCUCCACUAUCUCAUUUUAUCUUGAUGAAAGCCAAGUCCAAUAUUAGGAUGAAGUAAAUAACAGCUACUCUCAUGUAAUAAAAAAAGUACCAAUUUCCUAGUCUAGUAACAAAGUUUAAUAAACAUUAUGCUUUUAUACACAAGAAACAUGCAUAGAGAACAGCUAAAAACACAGCCUUGCAAUGCUGAGGGAUGGCAGUCCUCCAGAGUAGCUGAGACCUGUAGUGGGCAGUGUAGGGAAACUCUUUAUUGUAGCAGCCCACAAUGAAUUAGAACAAUAAAACUCACCUUAUAGAGGGUAUUUACAACUCUAUGGAAAAAGGGAAAGCUUUAAAAUGACGCACAUGUGUUUUUAUUUUUGUAAUGUAUUUUUAAUAUUUUUUAUCGCAGGACAAAAUUCUAACGAAUUUCCUGCUAAAGAAAGCUAGUUCUCAAAUAAGUCUUGCGCCUAUGCAUACGUGAACCAAUCUUUCUGUUUAAUGUGUACCAUAUUAAUCCUUUGCACAUGGCUAACUUUCAUUAAAGUUUACAAAUUAAUUUAUAACAAGUUUUAAACCUGCGAAGUUUGCAGUACUGCAACAAAUUAUGGUUGUUACAUUCUUCAAUUUAAAUAAUCGAUAACUUCCUAUAGAUGUUUAUACUAAAACAUAUUACAGGGUCUUCAUUUCUUAAGAUCCAAGAUUAAGUUUACAGUGAUAUAAAUGACAAAUAUUACAAUACAGAAUAGAUAGAAAGAAUAGAAAAACUGUCUAGUUUUAAAAAUACGCACACACCCAAAUCUUCUGUCCUCCCACACCUCUGUAAAUAAACCACUGCAUUCUUCCUCUGUUUGGAAAGCACCUUCAAUACAGAGUAGUGUCUCAAAGCCCCUUCACAAUUACUGAGCAACCACUGACGGAGACAGCCCCCCCUGGAGGGGGGAAGACCACAUAUCAUAUUGCACCAGCAUCGCAUUGUAGACCAGCAUCCAUCUUUCUCCGAGAUAUCAGUGGUGAUUUUUUGGCAUGUGGAUAAGAUGCAAUUCUGCCAGGAAACUUCUGGGAUCUUUUAAGUUCUCGCUGGGAACAGGAAGCAGACAGGACUUUGCAGAGCCUAGAGUUCAUUUGAAGUCUCCGAUUUAACUACUGACCGACUUCUGAUAUCUUAUCCCUUGUUUCCCGUUUUUGCAGUGAUCAAUCUAAACUAGCCAAUCCCAGCUGAGUCCGUGGCCAUAUUCAGUCUGUCACAAUUAUACACAAGUAUCAUUUAUUUAAAAAAAUGUUUAAGCUUGUAUUUAACAGCUGUAUUCCUUUGAUCAAGCAUCUGAUUUGCAACAUGGUGUAAUUUGAAGCAGCGUGAUUUGGCUGGUAAUUUUGUCAUUAAAUUUGAAUGAAUGCAAGGAAGAUUCCAAAAUGAGAUCCGGUAAAAAAAAUAUAUAUAUAUGCAGAAGCAUUGAAUAUGAAAAAGUUGUUCAAGGCUAGAUCUCUCAACACUUGUUGAAUAAUUCAUAAGCACUCAUUCAGCAUAGCGUGAAUAUUCUCUUCACCCCAGACGAUGAAGUAAAAAAUAAAAAGCACUACAAUGUGUUAGGAGUCGUCCCAGUUCAGUCCCCACUGAUAUCGAUCAGCUGCCGAUGGAAAUGAACAGGACAGAUUUCAAAUCUCUUUUAACUAGACCCCAAUGGCAGGUGGCAGCCAGCCCUAACAGGGUCAGGUGGUUAUGCUGAGCUUUUAGACCAGAGGCCAUUAUCUUUAAAGGCUAUUGAAACGCUGGUCUGAGACUAACCCAGUCUCAGAUGGACUCCAGCCUUUUUCCUUUCUAACUACACUCUUCAUGUUUUGUUCAUCUACACCAUGGUUUCCAAUCUCGGUCCUGGAGGGCCAUUCUACUCCAGCUUUAACAGGUAGAAUAAUAUAAUGACCUACUUCAGGAUCUGGAUGGAGGUUAAAUUGGUUGAAUACAACAGUUUUGAACAUGGUUGGCCACUCCUGAUCCACACUCUUUCCACAGCAGCGGCUCUUCACACUGAAACCUGCUGGCACUACAUGUCAGAUAUUUUAACAAUGGAUUUUAUUGGGAACAGUCUUUAAAAUCAUAUUGGACACUGUGCCUGGUCUUGGACUUGAAUCCUCAGGUCUUGUGCUAAAUUCUUCUGACUUGGACUUCAUCAGAACGUUCUUCGAUCAUCAGGACCUGGUGUAUGGGUUGGCGUCUCUUCACUGAGACUUUACUGUAUUUGUGAAUCUGAACUCUUCUUGUUGAUAUCUUAACAUUUGUGCACUGUCAUGGACGUUCAGAGCAGUUCUUCCUCAGUGAGUAUAACUGGCACACAGCACGCACUCAUUUUGAAUCUAGUUCACUUUGAAGUGUACUGUACAGCACGGUCCCAGUGGCCUGAACCAUUGAGCUCUGACACUGCACACGUGUGACACGCGUAGCACAGGUGAAUCAUGUUUGAGUCGUGUUUUGUCGCAUUAUUCCGUGAUUGAGCAAUGUAUGUCAUGUUAGCUUUCUGGGGGAUAAAAUUUGUUUAUUCGUGUCCCUCUCACACAUAUAGAGAAAAUAAAGGAGAACCGACACUAGCAGUUGGACAGGGAAUACAGAACUAUUCUUGACAAAAUUUGAAUUUGCUUUAUUAUAUUUAUUGUUUUACCUUGAGUCAUAACAUCCAGUUUUUAACAUUUUCCCAAUAGACUUGAAUGUCAGUCUGUAUAGUUAAAGGGAAGGCUAGGUGGUGCAGUGGGAUAGUCUUUCAUCUCUGGAGGACUGAGUUUGAAUCUGGCAAAAUUAACUUGGUGUCCUCAGCAAUGGUCCACAAAACCUUUCGACUGUUGACAAAUUAGCAAUCCCUAAUGCAGAUCUCUCUGUUACAAGCACCCAAGAGGCAUUGUGAAGUGGUCUAAAUGAGGAGCUGGACCACUGUUCCAAACAGCAGCUCUGACCAGCCUAACCCCAGUCUGGAGUUUAACUGGGAACUAACUUAAAGAAACCAGCAUGGCAUCACUGUAUGUGUUUGGUCUGUUGUGUAUAAAGCAGUCUUGACUAAUGUGAGACUUGCUUGCUGGUAUCAAUUCAAGCUAAUUUAUUCUGUGGGUGUUGCUUUAAUUGGUUGUGAACCAAUCACAGUGGCUGUAUGAUUCAUCAGUAAUGUCAAGUAGAACAGAGAGGCCUCACCCAGUUAGAAAUGCAACUUGGUGAACCCUACACUGUUGGGAAACAAAAACUAGGUCAAGCAGACAAACCAUUCUGGGGAAUUCCACCCUCAGUGUUACAACCUUGGUAUCUUCUUGACUUGGGAGUUGAUUUUAUCAAUUUAUACCCAGCUGGGAUAUACCACCCUGUAUUUUAUUUUAGCCUUUUCCCUCACCAGGAAUCUGUGGUUAAUGCAAUCCAGAGGCUAUCACUGUUGCUGUGAAAUGCUCUAUGAAAAUCCAGCCGUGGUUUAUCUGGCGGGGGAAAGCGUGAUCAAAUCGACCUCUUAGUUUCAGAUAUAGCUGUUUUAAAAAUUUAUCAUGGUCAUUUUUUAAUUUAAGAGCGUGGAGGCUGGGUGCAAACCGAUAACCAUGCACAACACAAGCAAGUGUCUUAACCACUAUGCAAAAAAGCCUUGCUUGUAUGCAUGUGUGUUAUAGAAAUUUGAACCUCCUCUCACAGACAGGGUCAGAAUCUGUAGCGGCAGUGCAUCACUUUUCAGUACCAUGCUUAACAUUGCUUUCACUAAGCCACGAUUCCCCUAUGCUUUGCUACACUUUGCUAUGCUAUUACCAUGAGACAUAAGGGAGUUUUACAGUAGAAUAUAUGAGCUUUUUAUCAGUGCUAGGCUAGAGUGACACUGACCAUGUGAAAAAUCAAUAUAGCCUAGUUGUGUCAGAAGCUAAAGUUCAAGUAUGUGCAUUUAAUGAUAAAAAAAUGAAGAUUUUAAGGAAGGAAAUUAAGGGAUUUUGUAAUUGUACUAAAAAAACCCCACUUUCUAUAGUUUGAGGUGACCUUUUUCUAUUCUAUUUGAAUGAACGAUCUCAGCGGUGUCAGAUUUCAGUAUCGUUCCCUUUAGCUACUGUAACCCCGCUGGUGUUUUCCCUCAGGCUUGAUACAGUGUAUUGACAACCUUAUUAACUUCAUUGAACACAUUGGAAAGAGGCUGGAGACACAGCAGGGAGUGAAAAGGCUGCAGAACUUGGAUCGUUAAGAUUAAGAUUGGUUUUGUGUGGGUGAUGGAGAGCAGUCAUUUGUGCUUAAAUGUUGCAUGACAAUCGGAGCUACUCAAAGAGAACCCCCCGAAGUGCUGUCUCAGUGGAGACAAGAUAAAAAAAGACUUUUGUAAUGUCACAGUGAGUCUGGGUGGCUUUUGGAUUCUAAACAUAUGUUACAUUUGCAUGGUCAUUUUGCAGGUUUCCCAUGCAUUUACCAGAGUUGAUCAUGGUUUUCCAUUUAAAUAUGCUGUACCAUACCUGUCUGGGCUUUACAGUGUUACACUAUGCUUUAUUGCGCUUUGCUGUGCUUUUACUGUGGUAAACGUUUUAGGAGGGACGUGCACAUGCGACACAGAAAGACUAGGAAGAAAACGCCACUCAGAAAACACAAAUAAAUAAAUGCAUGUCAGCUGUGAUCACAUUGGUUUUAAUAUCUGGCUUUCAUAAGAAAAAGAGACAAUUUGGAAAAUAACCAAUAAUAAAAAGGAAAGAAAUUAUCUUAAAGUACGGGUUUGUAGACAUGUGUGGCUAUCGAGGGUUUACUACAACAAUAAAGGCACUGUUAACUUGUUUAUAAUGGCAAUAAAACCCAGAUUCUCGGGCAUGACCUUGGUAGUUGACCUUGUCUAGACAGUACCUUCCUGACAAGGUCAACUAUACAACGAUGAUUCCCUCUUAAUAAGGUUCUGUUGCUUAAAUACUUCAUUAGAAGUAAUACAAUAAUACAUAGUAAGAAAAUGGAACCUGAAGCUGAAUGACCUUUCUAUCCUAGCCUCAUCACCGUGCAUUUCAUGGCAUAUUGAAUAUUGCAGUGUGCCUGUUAGGGUUUACAGCACAAGUGCUUCAAAAUACACCUUACAGGUAUGGGUUUGCUAGUAGGAUAAACACAAUGGUUCUGCGUGAGUUACACACAAAUAAACAACUCUGCAUGAUAAUAAUACAAGGCCCCACAGCAGAUGAACCGUCCAAAUGUGGGUUUUACAAGGGACAAAAUAUUCAAAACACUCGCCAGUGUCGGGGGCUUUCUGCAUUAGUGAUGGUUGAGAGAGAGAAACGCUCUUUUCAGACAGUGCUUUAAGAAGGGACGGGGAUACACAUAUUAAUAAAAAGGUGGAUUCGUUUUUACUUGUUUUUUAAGCAGAUGUUUUUUGUAUGAUGUGAUGCUAUGUUGUCUUUGUAACCAUUGAGACGGUUGUGAUAUGUGGUGUGAGAAAAUAAAUCUUAUUUCAUGAAA